CGGGCCGAGGCCGCAAUGGCGGAGAGCCCGGCGGCCGAGGACGCGGCCCCGGCCCCGGCCGCGGUGCUGGCGGCGGGCGGCGGCAGCGCCUCCCCCAGCGCCGCCGGAGCCGCGGGGACCCCCGGCGUCUUCAUCCCCGCCGAGCUCUGGGCGGCGGCGGGCUUCGGCGCGGCCGCGGCGCCCGGCACCGGCGUGGCCCCCGGGAGCGGCGGCGCCCCGAUGGCGGCGGCGGCGGCGGCGGGGGCCGCGCUCCUCACGCACUCCGCCUUCUGGGACCCCACGGUCAGCGGCGACUGGGACAGCGAGCGGCCCAGCCCGGCCUGCCUGCUGCGGAUCAAACGGGAUAUCAUGUCUAUUUACAAGGAGCCACCCCCAGGAAUGUUCGUUGUGCCUGAUCCCCACGACAUGACCAAGAUCCACGCGCUGAUCACCGGCCCCUUCGACACCCCCUACGAGGGCGGCUUCUUCCUGUUCCUGUUCCGCUGCCCCCCGGAUUACCCCAUCCACCCGCCCCGCGUCAAGCUGAUGACCACGGGCAACAACACCGUGAGGUUCAACCCCAACUUCUACCGCAACGGGAAGGUCUGCCUGAGCAUCCUGGGCACGUGGACAGGCCCUGCCUGGAGCCCAGCCCAGAGCAUCUCCUCGGUCCUUAUCUCCAUCCAGUCCCUGAUGACCGAGAACCCUUAUCACAACGAGCCAGGCUUUGAGCAGGAGCGGCACCCCGGGGACAGCAAGAACUACAACGAGUGCAUCCGGCACGAGACCAUCCGCGUGGCCGUGUGUGACAUGCUCGAGGGGAAGUGUCCCUGUCCCGAGCCCCUCCGGGGCGUCAUGGAGAAAUCCUUCAUGGAAUACUACGACUUCUACGAGGGGGUGUGCAAAGAGAGGCUGUACCUGCAGGGCCAGACCAUGCAGGAUCCUUUCGGGGAAAAGCGAGGCCACUUCGACUACCAGGCGCUGCUGCUGCGCCUGCAGGGGAUCCGGCAGCGGCUGCAGGACAAGCACCAGCAGGAGAGCGCCGAGAUGGACUCGGAGAGCAGCUCCUCGGAGCCAGAGACGGACACUCAGGGCUGCUCCAAAGCCUGAGGGAGCUCCAGCGGCGUCUGUGCCCGGCCCAGGGCCCCAGAGACUCCACCAAAGCCAGGCCAGGGCAGGGAAAGCUGCGGGGAUGCUCCUGCUUCCCUCCCUCCCUCCUCCACUGCUCCGCUGGAUGGCGAGGAGAACUCCCGAGAGAAUUCCCCAGGGGAAAAUGGGAAAAAUCCGAGCUUGGGACAGGCUCCUCUUGGACAAAGGUACUUCCUGGCAUGUGGCAUCAGGUCAUUAUUUUUUUUGGAGAACACCUACACUGGUUGGGGGUUUUUUUGUUUUUUUUUUUGUUUUGUUUUGUUUUGUUUUUUGGUUUUCCAGGUUUUUUUUUCUCCAUUUGAUUAAAGAAUGAGCUCUAGACUGCAAA